GAGGUCGAGGAGAAAAACGAGGAAGCUGAAGAGGAUCUGACGGAUGAGCAGUAUUUUGCUCAACUCGAUGCCAAGAGCUGGCCGCCUACCAAGUCCAAGGGCCCUCCCGAGAGUGUGGGCCAGCGGGUCCUGUCCUGCACGGCCUGCUUCAAGCAGGUCACCAAUGGCCCGAAAGACCCCGUCCAAAGACACCUGUUUGGUGUGACCGUGUUUCGGGCUUGUAAGGCCUUCUACCACGAGGGCGGGGCCCAAGACGAGGAUGGAUCGGAUUUGUAUUGUCGGUGGUGCAACGGCGGGGAUCUAUCCUUGUGUGACCACUGCGACGCGGCGUUUUGCAAGCGAUGCAUCCAGCGGAAUUUAGGCCGCAAAUAUCUGGCCCAGAUGAGAGAGGAACGCGAAUGGCAAUGCUUCCGAUGCCAGCCUCAGCCCAUAUUCAAGUUACGAGCCGAAUAUUAUGCCGCCUCCCAAUGGCUGGCCUAUUGAAGGCCAAGCGCAAGGCCAAGAACCAGAAGAAGAAAGAGUCUCAAGUCAGUCUCAACCCGUCGGCCACCAAGAAAAG